AUGGCGUCCAUACCAAAUACUCCCGUAACGAUGGAAAAUGCUCCAAAAAUAUAUCCCACCAAAAAACUUAAUGGUUAUGACCUUGAUUUUGAAACACCAGCCGAUUAUGAGACCGCCAUAAAGGUAUGUGGUUUUGGGCGAUUCAACAUUAUCCUACUUCUGGCCGCCAUACCAGCCACUAUGGGAACAGUAUUUGAAACUGCUGUAGUAUCAUUUAUUCUACCCAGUGCCGAAUGUGAUUUGAAUUUAGAUUUAGUUGAUAAGGGCAUAUUGAAUGGCAGCACUUAUGGAGGUAUGAUUGUAUCUGCCGUUGCAUGGGGUUAUCUAUCCGACACCAAGGGUCGUAAGAAUUUACUUAUCUGGGGAUUUCUAAUCGAUGCGAUAUGUGCUAUCUGUGCAGCGAUAUCUCAAAGUAUUCUACAACUGAUGCUGGCAAAAUUUUUUGGCGGAUUUAUAAUUUGUGGACCAUUUGCUAUUCUAAUUUCGUAUUUAUCUGAAUUUCAUGGCACCAAUCGUCGCCCACAGGUGAUGAUGAUUAUUGGCACUAUGUUUAUGAUAUCAAAUAUUAUAUUACCGAUAUUGGCAAUGACGAUACUGCCCAAAGAUUGGAGUUUUCAAAUAUUCAAUAUGAAAUUUGUUUCUUGGAAAAUAUUCAUUGCCAUUUGUGGAAUACCCAGUUUGUCGGGUAGUCUACUUUUGUGUCUUCUACCCGAAAGUCCACGUUUUCUAAUGUCAAAGGGAAGAAAUUCUGAGGCAAUGGAAGCAUUUAAAAUGAUGUAUGCCUAUAAUAAGGGUAAACCGAGGGAGACGUUUCCGAAGUAA